AUGGGUCGCACGGAUGAACCUGGCGGCGCCGACGAAGGCCACCGGGGGUCCUUUCUUCCUGACCUUCCUUUUCGGGUGCAUGCGGGGUCCUCUCUACUUCUUUUGGAGGGCCAAGAGGGGUGCAACCCGAGCUCGGCCGCGGCACUAGCAGCCGGUGCUGAUGACCUCAAUGCCGCCGCACAAGGGCUCGGCGCAGACGGUCGAGUAACAAGAGGGGACGGGUGCCUAAGCAAUGGCGCACCAGCCGGCGAGGAUCCCGCCGACGCCUCCACCGCCUUCCAAGCAGACGCCCAUGAGGGUCCCGCCACUGCCGACUCCAACACCUCCGAAGCAGCCGCCGAUGAGUAUCCCGCCGCCUCCCCCGACGCCAUCAAAGCAGGCGCCGAUGAGGAUCUAGCCGCAUCCAGCGCCUUGGAAGCACGCGCCGACGAGGAUGCCGCCACCGCCAUGGAAGCAGGGGCCGGCGAGGAACCCGCGGCCUUGGAAGCAGGCGCCGAAGAGGAUGGCGCCUUCGCCUUCGAUGCAGCCGUCGAUGAAGAACCCGCGGCCACCUCCAACACCGCCUCCGCCUCAAACACCAUCGAAGCAGCCACCUCCAAUGCCUUCGAAGCAGCCGCCGCCGCCUCUAGCGCCUUGGAAUCAAGCGCCGAUGAGGAUCCCUCCGCAGCCGCCUCCGACGCAAUCCAAGCAGCUGGCGAGGGUGGCGAAUCCGGUACAUCGAUCGGACACGAUGAGGAUCCCGCCACCGCCACCGACGAAAUCGAAGCAGGCAGCAAUGCACUUCUCGGCUCUGCAGCAGACGAAGGUCUCGAAGCCGCCGCCGCAGCCGUCGCCGCCGCCGGAGAUGGUUUAUUCACCAAGCGUGGCAGAGGCAGGAAAGCGAAUGGAUGA